AUGGGAUUUGGGGGCCUGCUAACAUUUACUUGUCGAGAGCUGAGAUAUGAGCUGUGCGGGUGGCUCAUAUCUCAAUAUGACUUUACCUACCACAAGCUUAAAAUGGCAACUGGCAGUGCUGUCAAUGUUAAUGAACAACAUGUCAGCCAAGUCAUGGACAUCCCUAACACUGGGGAAGACUUGGUUAUUGUUAAGAGAACAGGCCCCUCCAACCUCACAUACACUCUCAGGGUUUUGGAGCAAAACCUUGACAAUCUGCCCGUUGUCACAGUUGGAGCUGAAGCUGAUGAUGAUGGGAUUAAGCUGCUGUUGUCCGAAGUUAAGGGUAAGGAUAUAAUAGAGCUUAUUGCAUCUGGAAGAGAGAAAUUGACAUCAGUGCCUUCUGGUGGUAGUGUUGCUGUUGCAGCUGUUGCGGCUAGUGGUGGUGAUGGUGGUGGUGUAGCACCUGCUGCCACAGAACCAAAGAAGGAGGAAAAGGUGGAAGAGAAAGAGGAAUCAGAUGAGGACAUGGGCUUCAGUCUAUUUGAUUGAUGGAAUGGGAUUUUGAUUUUUUCA